UCAGGCUCCGACGGCAAAUCAGGCUCCGACGGCAAAUCAAGCUCAGACGGCAAAUCAAGCUCAGACGGCAAAUCAGGCUCCGACGGCAAAUCAAACUCCGACGGCAAAUCAGGCUCAGACGGCAAAUCAAACUCCGACGGCAAAUCAGGCUCAGACGGCAAAUCAAACUCAGACGGCAAAUCAGGCUCCGACGGCAAAUCAAACUCCGACGGCAAAUCAGGCUCCGACGGCAAAUCAGGCUCCGACGGCAAAUCAGGCUCCGACGGCAAAUCAGGCUCCGACGGCAAAUCAGGCUCCGACGGCAAAUCAAACUCAGACGGCAAAUCAAACCCUGACGGCAAAUCAGGCUCAGACGGCAAAUCAAAGUCCGACGGCAGAUCAGGUUCCGAUGGCAAAUCAGGCUCAGACGGCAAAUCAAACUCCGACGGUAGAUCAGGCUCAGACGGCAAAUCAGGCUCAGACGGCAAAUCAAACUCCGACGGUAGAUCAGACUCUAACAGAAAAUCAGGCUCCGACGGCAAAUCAGAUUCUAAUAAUAAAUCAGGCUCCGGUAGCAAAUCAGGUUCCGACGGUAAAUUAGCUUCUAAUGAAAAGUCAGGCUCCAAUGAGCAAUUAAGCUCGGGAGAUGAGACAAAUUCGGGCAGUAGGUCGGGACUUGUCUCUGAUGGAAAACUGAAUUCAGAUCCUGGGAUAAUUUCUACCGAACCCGAUAUCAAUAAAGAUCCUGAUAUUAGCUUUAACACUGGGGGCGUCCCAGAUCCAAAAAUCGUAUUAGCUUCUAACGGAGGAAUCAGUUCGCCCCAAAUUGGGCCUUCAAUCAUUUCAUCCGAGAAUAUACCGAAUAAAGAUCCCGUAUCAAUUAUUAGCCCUGAAUUACCUGGAUCUGACGUUCGUACCGAUUUUUCCCCAUCAGACUCGUUGUCUUUGGAUAGUGACCCAACAAUCAAAGGCGUUACCCCAUCGAUAGAUACAAAUAAUGGCUUGCAGAAUCCUUCGAUAGGUACAUUGGAUGAAAUACCGUCGAAUACUCCUCAGUCAGCAUCACCCAUUACAUCCUCUGAACGCUUAUCGGGACAGGAUAAGCCUUCAACGUCUCUGCCUGAAGAAACCUCGAAUCUUGAUCCCACAAUCCUGGUCAAUUUUGCCGAUUCUACAGCUGAAUAUGAGGAAAGUGAGGAAAGUUCGUCCGGAAAUCCUAGCUCUCUACCUUUAAAAGAUGGUUCGAGCUCUGAUAAUGUGCCCAAAAUUUCAGCUCAACAGAAUGGACAGAGGAGUGGCUCUGAAACUGCAAUCACAGUUACAGCCUCUAUUAUUGGCAUUUUAGUGUUCUUUACCGCUAUAGCCUGUAUUGCUCGCUUCUUCAUCCGAAAACGCCGCACUGCCCAAUCAGAUGUAUCCUCUCAAACUCCUCUCAUUAACCACGUCAAUUCUAUAUCGUCGGAAAAAUCAGGAAGCUCGAGCCCUGGUAUUCCCAAGGUUUAUAAUAGACAAGAGAAUACCAUCUUUCAUGAUGAGGAAAGAUUGCGACAAGAAGAUAUGAAGAAAUCUUAUGGGAGAUUUUGA